AUGAACCCUCUUGUGCAACCUCAUGCUAGUGAUAGUGAAGCAAAUAAUAGCUCUAAAAUUCUGCCAACCAUUGAAUUUGAGACCACAUUUGGGGUGGAAGACAUCAAAUCAAUAGAAACUGGUAAAGUUGGUCAGGCAGAUCAAGAGGAGGGUGCUUUCUUAACAUGGGAGGACUUGUGGGUGACUGUUUCAAAUGGAAAGAAUGGAAGGAAACCAAUACUUCAGGGUCUAAAUGGCUAUGCAAAACCUGGAAAACUCUUGGCUAUAAUGGGUCCUUCUGGUUGUGGCAAGUCCACACUUCUUGAUGCUUUAGCAGGAAGAUUAGGUUCAAAGAGAAAUCAAACAGGGAAGAUCCUAAUCAAUGGCCGCAAACAAGCACUAGCAUAUGGAACAUCUGCAUAUGUAACAGAAGAUGAUACUAUUUUGACAACUCUAACAGUUGGAGAAGCUAUAAACUACUCAGCUCACCUCCAAUUGCCAGAUUCCAUGUCAAAGUCAGAGAAAAAGGAGAGAGCAGAUUUCACAAUCAGAGAAAUGGGUCUGCAAGAUGCCAUUAACACCAGAAUUGGAGGGCGGGGAUCUAAAGGCCUUAGUGGUGGGCAAAAGAGGAGAGUUAGCAUUUGCAUUGAGAUCUUAACACAUCCUAGGCUUCUCUUCCUUGAUGAACCCACUAGUGGACUUGAUAGUGCAGCUUCUUAUUAUGUUAUGAGGAGAAUAUCCAGCUUAAACAAAAAGGAUGGAAUGCCAAUGACUAUUAUUGCAUCAAUCCAUCAGCCAAGUAAUGAAAUUUUUCAAAUUUUCCACAACCUUUGUCUUCUGUCUUCUGGGAAAACAGUUUACUUUGGACCUGUCUCCUCUGCAAAUAAGUUUUUCUCAUCAAAUGGUUUUCCCUGCCCAAGUCUCCAGAGUCCUUCUGAUCACUUCUUAAAAACCAUCAACAAGGAUUUUGAACUGGACCCUGAGAAAGAAUUGGCCGGAGGUCUAAGCACAGAAGAAGCAAUUCAUAUUCUUGUUAAAUCAUAUGAUUCAUCUGAAUUCAGUCACCAAGUUCUGAAAGAAGUUGCUCAAAUAAGAAAAAGGGACUCGUACACAAUGGAGAAGAAACAUCAUGCUGACUUUGUUACACAGUGCCUCAUUCUUACAAGAAGAUCUUUUGUGAAUAUGUAUCGUGAAGUAGGCUAUUACUGGUUACGCCUACUUAUCUAUGGUGCCUUGGCUUUAAGUCUCGGUACCAUGUUCUUUGACAUUGGUUCAAGCAGUGAAUCAAUUCAGGCUAGAGGUUCACUGCUUGUGUUUGUUGUUACAUUCCUGACCUUCAUAAAUGUUGCUGGGUUCCCUUCUUUUGUGGAGGAUAUGAAGGUGUUUGAACGAGAAAGACUAAAUGGACAUUAUGGUGUCACUGCAUUUACCAUUGGCAAUACGUUAUCUGCUAUUCCAUUCUUGCUGUUGAUGUCAUUGAUCCCAGGAGCAUUGGUUUACUACCUAGUCGGACUUCAAAAAGGACAUGAACAUUUUUUGUACUUUAUAUCAGUGCUUUUUAUUUCUCUCUUGUUGGUUGAGGGUCUCAUGAUGAUUAUUGCAAGUAUGAUUCCCAAUUUCCUGAUGGGCAUUAUCUUUGGUUCUGGAAUCUUGGGAGUAAUGAUGUUAGAUGGUGGGUUCUAUAGGCUGCCAAGUGAUAUUCCAAAGCCCUUUUGGAAAUACCCUUUGCGCUACAUUUCCUUCCACAAGUAUGCCUACCAAGGAUUGUUCAAGAAUGAGUUUCAAGGUCUAACAUUCACUGGCAAUCAAAUUGGAGGACCUAUGACAAUUAGUGGUGAAGAUAUACUAAGACAUGUAUGGCAAGUGGAAAUGAAUUACUCAAAGUGGGUGGAUGUUGCUAUGUUGGUAGGAAUGGCAUUAAUAUAUCGAAUUCUGUUUUUGGUUAUCAUCAAGAGCAUUGAGAAGGUGAAGCCAUUGUUGCAGCAAUUAAUUGUCCCCAAGCAAACUGUAGGUUCACUACAGCGACAAGGAGCAAUUAGAUUGAUUAGCUUGUAA